CGCCCCCCUCCCCUCGGGCCGGUUGGAACGCCCGACCCUCCCUGCCUCAUCUCUCAGAGGCGCCUCUCUUGCGCAUGCGUGCUGGGAUCGAGCGAGGGCCCGGGAGCCUGGCUUGUCACCAGAAUCUCAAUGGCUUUCUUGAGUAGGCGACUGGGCUUGCUGUUAACCCAAGUAAACAGAGCAGUUGAGCAGCGACAUUUCAGCAUCACUGGCGCAUGCAGCGCAAUACAGAAAAUGACCCGCGUGCGAGUGGUGGACAACAGCACCUUGGGGAACACGCCAUACCAUCGGCCACCCAAAUGCAUCCAUGUGUAUAACAAGAGUGGAGUUGGUAAAGUGGGAGAUAAAAUUCUCCUGGCUAUCAAAGGAGAAAAGAAAAAGGCUUUAAUUGUAGGUCACAGGAGGCCUGGCCCUUGCAUGACACCUAGAUUUGAUUCCAACAAUGUAGUGCUCAUUGAAGACAAUGGAAACCCAACUGGGACUAGAAUAAAAACCCCAAUACCCUUGAUCCUGCGGAAGCACGAAGGAGAGUUCUCUAAAGUGUUGGCCAUUGCCCAAAACUUGGUGUGAAGACUAAGAAAGGUCUUGGAUUGUCCUGCUGCAUAAUCUUGGAAACCAUAAGAGUUCCAUGUGCUUCAAUUUAAGAAUUAAGGUUCAUUUGGAGACUUAUCUUCUGAUUGUGAAUUAAGAAUAAAAGAUUGUAAAGAUUAAAAAACAUUUUUUAAGUACUUUGGCAGAAACAUCUGAAAGGAUGUGAUGCAGUUAGGUAAUAAAACUAUUUUAGAUUAA